AUGGGAAAGCCUAGAUUACGAGGGAAUUCGCCGGUCUACCUAAACACGUCUCCUCAGGAGUUGACGCCUCCAUCAUCAAUAUUUGACAAUUGGGACCAAGAAACCGCCAUGGAUACAUCGCGCCCGACAAGCCUAGCCAUACCGCGGACGGGCUCGCCUUUCGCCAACCCGCCAUCACUAGAUGAGAUCCUUGCCGAUACAGCACCGCCUCCAUGGACGCGUAGUUCUUUUAUGGCAUACUUAUCCCAAAACCAUUGUUCAGAAACUUUGGAAUUCAUCACAGAAGCCGACCGGUACCGAGAGGCGUACUACCAAAUCGCACGAGGCCAAGCACCUAAUGGUCCCGCGCAAAUAUGCUCACUAUGGCGGAAAGUUAUUGACGCCUAUAUCAUGCCAUGUGCACCGCGAGAAGUCAACCUCCCAGCACAUGUCCGCGACCGCCUCCUGAGACUUCCUUGCUGCAAAGCGAGCCCACCCGACCCUUCUGAGCUGGACGAAGCAGCCUUGAUUGUUCGGGAAUUAAUCAAUGAUUCGGUCUUAGUCCCCUUCCUCGAGUCUGUAGUUCCGACUCCGACGGAGUUACACGCUGAGGAAGAACCUCAAGACUACAGACAAGGACGCUCACGCCUUCGAAUACCUAGGGAUAUGACACCCGUGGAUGAAGCAAGUCAAUCACCCAGGACAUCCUACCUCCCGCUUUUCAUCAUGGGCCGUAGCGGACCUGGCAACCGAUCGGGCUCUGUAUCAGUGGAUACGACAGAUGUCGAUUUGAUGACUGAUGACAGUUUCAGUCCUAACUCGACUUCUGGACUGGAGCCGAUGACACCACCUACCACACCGCCCACUUCUGACUUCACAGGAGGCACAUCCCCUAGCACUUUACAGCGUGCGAUCUCAGGAAACAGCUGGAAGAAGAUGGGAGCAAAGCUGGGAUUAUCUAGGAAGAGCAAAUCCACUCGCCGUACUAGUUCAUCAUCUACCAGUCAAUCCCCAUUAUGA